UAUUAUUGAGAAAGAUAUUUAUUCCCAAAGAGUUUGAAAGGAUCAAAUUGAAGGCGAAAGCUAAUUAUUUUCUUGUCAUCCAAGUGGCGGAUUUAUUCAUUAGUGGUAAAUACGGAAAUUGUUGUUGAUAUGGGGACAGGGAGGAGAGUUCCUGUUUUCGGUAUAAUUUAAUGGUGACUAUAAAUAGGCUGAGGCAGUUCUGGCUGUAUGUAUGGCGGUAUUGUAGAAAGGUAUUUAACUCAACUGAAAAAAAAAAGCGAUUUACUGUCUACGAUAUCACUCUUGGUGGAAGUGGGCGUAAAAUUCCAGGAACGCACGCGCAAUAGCGAUUGGGGAGGAUCUGGGGCCACCAUAUUAACUCUGAGCAAACCAGUGUUAACUGUUAAUUGUCACACAAUCUAGGAUUAAGAUUUGUGUAUAUCUGUGUAUUAUUAGCUGACAAGUCUUGUAUGUGUACUUAAAAAUGAUAUUAUCAAUCUUAUCAAAAUUCCCCGUGGGAAAUGGCACACAUCGACAGAUGAUUGGCCAUAAGGAAGCAUCUAUUUAAAAAACUCAACAUGGGUACGAUGGUUUAUUUUCCUUUCUUCCUCUAUCUUCUCUCUGCAACGACCACCGGAUUUAUUUUAAGCGACCGGAAUUUGUCACGGGAAUUUAAAGUGAAACCAUCUCCCUCCAUAGAAGGACAUUACAAACAGGCAGCAGUAGCUUCUGAUACCCAGAUAUGUUCUCCUAUAGGCAUUGAUAUAAUGAAGAAUCAAGGAGGAAGUGCUGUGGAUGCUACAAUUGCAACUCUUUUAUGUGUUGGUGUAGCUAAUUCUAUGAGUACUGGUAUUGGCGGAGGUCAUUUUAUGACAAUUUACAAAAAAGAUGAGGGUAAGGUAUAUACUAUUAUUGCUCGCGAGAUGGCACCAGGGGCAGCCUCUAAAGAAAUGUUUAAAAACGCAUCAUCUGAAAAAGGUGGCUUAUCAAUAGCCGUGCCUGGAGAAUUAAUGGGUAUGUGGGAAGCCUACAAAAUAGGAGGUAAAUUACCAUGGAAGAAUCUAUUUACACCCACUAUUAAACUGUGUAGAGAUGGUAUUCCAGUUAGUCCUCCGCUAGCAUCAGCCAUAGUUAGUGAGGCUCAAAAGACCACCUCGUCCUCUCUAAUGAAGUUGAUUACAAAUCCUGAGACCAACAAACUUUAUGUUGUUGGUGAAAAGAUGAAACGACCAAGAUUAGCUGCUACUUUACAAACAAUAGCUGAUGAAGGGGUGAUGGCUUUUUAUCAAGGUUCAUUAACAGAUGUUAUUGUAAGAGAAAUACAUGAUGCAGGUGGGAUCAUAACAUCAGAUGAUUUAAAGAAUUAUGUUGCAGAAGUAAAAGAUCCUGUCUCUAUUACUAUACAUGACAAUAUCAAGGUUUAUUCCCCACCCCCACCAUCUAGUGGUGUUGUCUUUCAGUAUAUAUUAAAUAUACUCGACGGGUAUGAUAUGGAUGCUAGUACACUGUCUACUGUUGAAAAACAGAUAUUAACAUCGCAUCGCACUAUAGAAGCCUUCAAAUAUGCCUACGCUAAACGAUCAGCACUGGGAGAUCCAUCUGUUGAAUCAGAUCAUUUUAAACAGAGAAUAAAAGAAUUGGUAAAAGAAAUGACCUCCAAAGACUUUGGUGAGAAUAUCCGAGCCGAGAUAUCAGAUACAAAGACGUUUAAUUUUACUCAUUAUCACCCCGAGUUUAAUUUAACCGAAGAUCAUGGAACAACUCACCUUUCUGUUCUUGGACCAAAAGGUGAUGCAGUAGCUGUUACCAGUACCAUCAAUCUUUAUUUUGGUUCUGAUGUUGUUGGUGAUGAUACUGGUAUUAUCUACAACGACGAAAUGGAUGAUUUUUCUACUCCUAAUACAACCAACUAUUACGGUGUGCCAGCCUCUCCAGCUAAUUAUAUAAAACCAGGAAAGCGUCCUCUGUCAUCCACGUGUCCUUCGAUUCUGGUUGGUGAAGAUGGGCAUGUAGUACUUGUUGUGGGAGCUUCAGGGGGAACUAAGAUAACGACAGCAGCUUCAUUGGUAACAACAAAGACCCUUUGGUUUAAAUGGGAUGUUAAACAAGCCAUAGAUUUUCCUAGAAUUCACCACCAACUUGUACCUCAGACUACUCAGAUAGAGUAUCCUUAUCCCAAGGCUGUUGUUGAAGGAUUGAAGAAAAUAGGUCAUAAUGUAACAAUGAUAGCAGGAGGUUCCAAUGUACAAGGUAUUUUACAGUUAAAACCAGGAACUAUAACAGCAAAUUGUGAUUAUCGUAAGGACGGAAUACCAGCAGGAUAUUAAUAUUAUUCUGCAUUUUUAUUUAAUAUAUAGAUUGCGUUUACUCAUUUAUUUCUGUUUUUUAUGACCUGUUUGAGUCAUCUCGGGCAUAUUUAUGCAAAAUACGAAAUUAAUCGUAUCAGUGUAACAUAUUGAGAAUUUUAAUUUGCUCCAAAAGCACCAUUACAACAGUUAUCACUAUUCUAUUAGUACAAAUGGAACAUUCACACAGAUCUGUCAUUAAGUCAAUUGGCGUGGUUUCGAUUCCCUACUUGUACGUGAACUAGGAGUAGGGUCGCCUGUCCAACCUCAUGGGUUUUCUCCGGGUUCUCCGAUUUUCUCCGGGUUCUCCGAUUUUCUCCAACACGCAACCGAAUUAUUAAAAUAAAAUUGAACCAUAUGUGACCCAUGUGGGCUAAAUGAGUCGGAAUGCGCAAAGUCUAAUAUUGGGCUACAGACAAAACACGUGACAAUAUUGAUUUUGGUCUAAAUUGAGAUAGUCACAAAAAUGAGUCUAUAAAUAUACUAUCUAUCAACCUAAAAGAUCAAAAUAGCAAUAACACAUUUUGAAACACCUUUAUUUGGACGUUUUGUAAGAGUACCGAAUUCAUAUUUUUUUCCUUUUUCCUAAAAUUAUCAGCGAAUUAGUUAUUUUCUUCGCUUGCUAUGGGACGAUCAGGUAAUCCACUUGCGUAUUACUUGGCAUCGUUGUGAGGCGUUACAUCUCUAGUUUAUAAAUAUGACCGAAGUACUACCGGUGAUAUAAUUUUCAUCGAGUACAAACGAGUUUAAAAACGUAAACACCCAUAGCCUGUUUCUAGUCAGCCCAGCGUAACUCGUUCGCCGAUUAGCCCAGACAUCCCACGUGGCAUAUCAUAAACUAAUCAACUAGGUUCAUUGAAAAAUAAAUCAACUGCCAUGGAUUAAUGAGUAGUUGAUUGAUAAUUGUCUGUGAUAUACAUGAAACCUUUCUCAGGUCAUAUUUACCCUUGAAUAAUUAUUUGGCAUUUCGUUUCGUCUUUAAAAAAAAACAACAUUUAUUUAUAUUGAUAGUUGAAUUUCGUUUACCGUGGCUAAUUGGAUAUUAUUGAUUCAAAUUUUAUUAUCAGGAAGGUUCGGAAACAUUAGAACAACGAAAUGAUCUAGUUUGUCUCUCUCAUAAUAUAUUAUAUCUGGGGUAAAUAAUAUAAUAAUAAUAAUAAUAAUAAUUGAUUUAUAUAACGCCAACAAUUCAACUCAGCGAGCUGCUCUCGGGCGCUUUACAUGUCCUGCCACGACAUCAAAUAUCCCUGUCUCAGAAUUUGCGGCAGACGCCAGCUGGAAAGUCCUCAUAAAAUGUUCACACGCUAGCCGUGUAGGAAAUCGUGGAAAAUCCACCAGGUUAGGUAGUCGAUCCCUCCCCUUGUUACUUACAGGAGUGAUAUCAAUACCAAAACACUUGACUAGAUGACAGACCGUAUAAUCCAAAUAACACACUAGCACUAGCAAGAUAUAUUUAUUGAUUCAAAAUGGUAAGCGUUCAAAUGAGUUUAUUAAAUAUAUAAUCACUUUUUCGACGCCUUAAUUUGGUUUAUUUCCAAGUAGGCUUUAAUUACAUUGUGGUGAUCUGAAGCCUGGUUUAAUGAUUUUGUGAUUCGCGUCUGCUUCUUAUAAGAUGAUCUGGUAACCUUAACUGAACACAUGUGUGUCAGGAUGUGAUAUUAAUGUCAUAUGUUGAUAUUUAUUAAGAACCGCCAUAAGCUCUCGGUAUGUGAAGGCAUUUAAUUAAUGACACCUGAUAAAGAUUAUAUCUAAUUCCGUGUUAGUGCAACAGAUAACUGCAUUAAAACAGGGAAUUUGUUCAAAUGUAAAUGAGGGUAUCAAACUUGGCACAAAUACUCCUUGGGGACUACUCUUUUACAAAACCCCGUUAGUCACUCUAAAAUCCAAGAUGGUGGCCAUUUUCAAGAUGGUCGACUUUCAAGGCAAUGAAAUAUCUUUAUUUUUUUGCGAUAACGCCACAACAAAUUCUUCUAUUUUAUUGAUCCAUAACAUAUAUAUAUUUUAAGUUUCAUCUAAAACGUUCAAACAUUGAAGGCUCUAGAGGGUCCACAAAAUGUCUACAAUUCGCAUUUCGCAUAAACCGUAAGGACCAUAACCGUAUGAUGCAGACCGAAAUCGAUCUUCCCCAAGAUCUUUUGCUUUGGUUAGAAGGGGUUUCAGUUUAUGUGGCUGUCUUUGCGAUUAUGAUUAAACAUUGCCAAAUUUCAUUUGGACAUUGUUGUUUGAAGUCAGGAUUGUCCUACUCCUGUGCAGAAGUUUGGAUA